AUGCCUGACCAUGCGGUCGACCCGUUCUCGGCACUCGAGCACCGCAUGUGGGAGGCGGGCGCCGGCGCGUACCGCGACUCGUUCGCAAAGGUCACUGCCCAGACGACCAACGCCCUCCUCGACGCGGCGGGCGUGGAAACGACCAAGGCCAUGAGUGUCGCGAUGGCCGCUCGCGAGAGCAUCGCCGACCUCGGCUCGCGCCGCGCCGCCGCGACGAUGGAGGUCUCUCGCGAAGGCGGCAUGCGCAUCCUCGACGUCGCCACCGGCACCGGCGUGGUCGCCGACGGCGCCGCGGCACGAGGAGCCUCCGAGGUGGUGGCGGUCGACUUCUCCGCGGCGAUGCUCGAGCAGGCCCGGGCGGUGGCCGAGGCGCACCCGAGCGGGGUG